UACUUCAGCUUAAGACAGUUUAGACAUACUAUGGUUUAGCAGAGUAAACUGCUAGCUCAGCGAGUAAACAAACAGUCCAUUUUGUUUUCUGUUAUUUUAGAUUUCUAUGGUGAAACUGUCAAAUGCCAUUCUUCCAACUUCCCGCCAAACAAAACAUCAAGAGGCAAAACAUUCCAUCAAGCCACACCACACAACCCAAACUGCCAAACAUAUCUUAACUUAAACACUCUCUGCCCCAGGCCUGAGCUACGGUCUGAUGGCACGUAAACACAUUGCUUCCGCUCUUCAAAAUAAAGGAUACGAAGUGGCCUACUAAAUGUAAAGAAACAAAGUUACAAACUUGUAAAAUUUUAAAGGAGCUGAUCUACAUGGAAGAGUAAUUAUAGAAUUUAGGAUUAUCAUGAGAUAUCUGUUUAUAUCAACAACGAUUCUAUUUUAUUUAAUAAUACUUGCUGAUGCGCAAGACUUAAAACCGAAUGUCAGUGUCUUAGCUACUUACUUUUCAUCGUUGAUGAAGGAUACUUUAGGUGUUGAAAUACUUCAGAAAAAAAUUAACAACCUCCAGUUUGAGCGACAAAGGAGAAAUGGUACUGAGUUUUUAAACCAGGUUUCAACAAUAUUAUCAUCAACCAUUUUGGAACGUGUAACUGCACUGCAGAAUUUGCAAGCAGAAGUUUUAUCUUCCUUUCAAGGUCAAGAGCAAAGUUGGACACCUUGUUGCAAGUAUGACAUGGAACAGUUGAGAAUUAAUGUCAACUAUAAGACAAAAGUUGAUACAGAUAAUAUGUGUGAAAUUAUUUCCCCAACUUCCCCACCUUUCAUUCAAUCACUUUCAUCUGAUGUUUUAUCUGCAAUGAAAUUAAACCAUCAACAAGUUCCAGAUAUAAAAUGGCAAUACGUUGCAAACGAGCAGGGUGUUAUGACUGUGUACCCGUCGCAUAAAAUCCCAAAUUGCACUUCCAUUGAUCCUCGUUUCAGACCAUGGUACACAGAAACAGCAUGGCCGAAGCCGAAACGUUUUCUUAUUUUAUUGGAUUCUUCUCGUUCAAUGGAAAACACAUUUAACAGCAAACCAAUGAUAGAUAUUGCAAGAGAACUGAUUGAUAUUCUGCUUGAAACACUCCGACCAAAUGACAAGAUAAGUGCAAUAGGUUUUCGUCAUGAAGCUCUUCGCUCACAAGGUUGUUUUCGAAACCAACUAGCAUUCGCUUCUGAAACAAAUAAAGAAAAAUUAAGAAGUUUUCUGCGAAAUAUUACUCCGAUGGGUGAGUCUUCAUAUACUGUCGCGUUUCAAAGUGCAUUUCAGCUUCUUGAACAAGAUUAUAUUAAAUACAAGAACAAGUCUGAUACAGAAAAGUAUGUUAUUUUGCUCAUCAGUGAUGGACAACCUAAGGAAGCUUAUGGUCGAAUGCAAGAUGUUUAUUCAAUUAUUGAGCAACAAAACUUGAAAAUAAAUAAUUCUGUAUCAAUAUUUUCUUAUGCAAUUGGUCGAAACGCUGAUGUUGGGAUAUUGAAGAAUUUAUCGCAAGUUUCAAAUCAUGCUCCAUCACAAAAAGGUCAUGUAUUUGCUAUCAAUGAAGUUAGUGAUGUGCGGGAAACUAUCAGCACGUUGAAUCAUGCUUCUAACAAUUUAUCUUACAACGACGAACCUAUAUUUUCAUCACCUUAUAUUGAUGUUGGGGGGCUAGGUUUAAUCUUUACUGUCGCUUUGCCAAUCCAUAAACCAGAUGGUGAUGGUUUAUAUGGUGUGGUGGCAAUUGAUCUGGCGAUUCAGGAUGUAUUUAAGGAAGUAAUGUAUUUCAAUAAUGAUGAUGGAUCUUACAUUUUUAUUAUAGAUAACAACGGACGUGUGGUUUAUCAUCCAUUCUUACCAAACCCAACACAAUUAUCCAAUUCCAUUAAUUUCUUUGAUAUUAACCAAUUGGAAAGAAGUGCUCUAGUUGUUGAAGUUGUAGAGUCAAUGAAACGCGGAGGUUCUGGAAAUAAAUCAACUGUUUUAAAUCAAGUGUUACCUGUGGGUAAUGCUGUGCACACAACACAGGUAAAUGUAGAUCUGUUUUGGAAGCCAAUCACUGGGACAAAGUUUUCAAUUUGCUUGGUUAACGUACAAGAUAGCCAGAUUAUUCUGUUACAACCUGAGAAGAUCUCACCAUGGUUGAACAAUCAUACCACAUUUCAAUACCACCGACUCGAUCUAUCCAGUGCUAAUGGUGAAGAAGUUUGUCAACGAUUUUAUAAGACGGCACUUGUAUCAAAAACUUCUGUUCUUUUCGCGCCUCGGUCAUUCAGCUCUCCCUUUAAAUAUGAAUCACAAGAAGAAACAUCUGCAUUGGUACAAACAUACACAACAUUCUUUGAUGAAUUACUAAGCACUACAUCAAGUUUGCAAUGUGAUGAAGUUUUAACAAAACACCAAGACAUAGUCGAACUGUUUGCUCCGGGAGUUAUAGCUGAUGUUAUGUGGUCUUCAUUUGUCGACGAAUUAUGGUUGCAAUCAGGUGAAAACCACGUCUCCGCUAGAUUUGUUGGGACAUCGAAUGGAGUUGAUAGAAUAUAUCCAGGAACACGAUUACCAAAGAAUAUUGAUGUUACUACUAGAAUUUGGUACGAAUUAGCAGUUGCGCAUCCAAAACUUUGUGUGUUUUCUCCUCCUUACCGGGAUGCAGCUGGUCCCGGGAAUGUUAUAACAAUAAGUCAUGCAAUUGUAGCAAAGUCAUCCAAAACAAAUAAAGAAAACGUUAUUGGAGUGGUUGGUAUUGACUUUUCAUUAAAUCAUCUGUACACCAUACUUACAACAUUAUAUCCCAAUUGCAAAGAAGAUGCAACGAUUGAUUCUUGGUAUUGUAUAUUAGUUGAUCAAAGAGGUAACAUCGUCCUACAUAAAGAUUAUGUGAACGAUCAUGAAGAUAAUAUACAAGUAAAGCACAUUGCAAGUGAUAAGGAACUUGUUACACUGCUUAGAGAUGCCAACUUUAUAAAUCGAAUGAGAUGUCUUGAUUUAAACAAAAGCAUUUACCGAAUAUGGUACACACUACACUCCAACUCAAGUCUCGACAACACCAGCCCCAUAAAUGGUGGCGAAUGUGCAAAAUAUUUCAUGGAAGCAGUCCCCAACACCAAUAUGUUCCUUGUUGUUCGGCCAAAUAAAGAUUGGUGCUUCAAUCAAGGUUGCAAUUCACCAGAAACGUUGUGUAGCAACAAUAGUGGUGCUUUCUUUGGUCAUACAUGGCAGUGUCCAUGCAGCUACCCAGUCGGGGUGGAUGAUUGCGCCAAUACAUUACUGGUUGAUUCCAAUGUUCCUACCUGUCCUCCUGAUAGAGCACAAGUAAUACCAUUUACUGAAUGUAUUAAUGAGAAAAUACCGAAAUGUGUUUCCACCAAUUGCCACUUAUCGAAAAAUGCAUCCAAUUGUACUGGAAAAGUCGGUUGCACUUGGUGUUAUCAAAGCAGUGAUGCAUCAUCCUCACUUGCCAGUCCCUACUGCUCGGAAACUGAAGAUUGUUAUAAGGGGGUUGAAAUGGCACGGUUGCCGGGUUAUGAAACGAAGGAGAUAUGUCAAGAUGCAACAGCUAGUUGGCAGCGAACUCAAACUAUCCUUGCAUGCGUAGGAGGAUGCUUGUUGCUGGUUAUAUCAUUUAUUAUUAUUUUGCGCUGUUUAAAAUCAAGGAGACAAACUGUGAAACAAAAUGUCGAUCAUGGUUCAGUUUAUGAUCAAGUGUCUCCAUCUGCAACUCCCAUCGCAGAAAAUGUAGAACAGACGAACAAAGUCGCGCCCCGGGCACCACAAGUGAUAAUAUCAGUGGUGGAUUCUGAUGGAUCCGAAAUUCUACGGAAACCAGUUCAACUUAUUCAAGGUGGAGUUACUUAUGGAGCACAACAAAAAGCAGCUAAUCCUGAAGUAAUGAAGAAUAAAAACAAUCCUGAAGAAAGCAAAAACAAGAGAGUGGAUACUGUAUCAGAUGAUACCUCCAUUGAAACUGAAAACACACGCAACAGUGUUGCAAGUAACGAUGUAGAACACAUAGACAGUCCAGGAAAAAGGAAGAGAUUAUCCAGAGCAGAUGCCCGUUCAAGGGAAAACCUUUCUAAUCUAGAGGGAGUGGAAGAGAAGUUUCCUUUUGAUACAAAGCCAUACAUUCCUAUGAAACAAAUAACCAAUGAACUGAGUAACAGCCAGUCUUCACCAACCCUAAUUAACAAUAAGUCUUACUGUUCUGAUUUGUAACAAUUGCCUGCAUAAGAUUUAAAUGCAGCAGCCCCAGCACUUGGCUGAUGUGUAUCGGGUAUCCCAGGCAUUCAGAUGACUCCACACAUGGAAUGAAACUUUAUCCUUGUGUGGUCGUAAAACACAGAUGUUUUGGUUUUCUGUAUGGCUAUUGGCUUUUAUACAACCAAGUAGUGACCACUGAGUUGGAGUAA